CAUGAGUCCCAACCCUUUAUCGUUUAUAAGACCGUACCAACCGCCAACACCCCUCCCCGUCUCUCCACCUCUUCACUUGCGCUACCUUGCCAGCCUGUGUCUCUCCCAACGAAGUUCAUCGCUUUUCCAACUGCAGACCAGCAAGCCAGGGUCUAUGGAUCUGCUCAGCGCUUGUGUCGUUGAAAGAGCAAGACAUCACACUCGGUCUGAAACUCUUACAUACUUUGUCAGCACAGUCCAUGGGAGAAAGCUCAAGGUCGCUGUAGUUACAUAGACAAGUACGGGUGAGGAGACCUGCGAGGCUACUAACGAUUGGAAACAAUUCUUGCAAAUUUCUGGCUCCUGGAGGCUCCUUCCAAAAUACUUCAGAAGCAAGGAUGAACUUGAGCAUAAGCUUGCCCAUUUUGUGCGUAGAGGCUCCUUGAUGCCUCCAAUUGCGGGUUUUUUACAUCCCCUCUCCCCCCACCUAACAAGUUGGUGAUGUUACUAUAAUUGGCGUGUUCCCUUCCCUGUUUUUUCCCGGCGUGGACUCAUCUUAUAUCUUUAUAAUGACUGUUCUUUUACGUGGUUUUGUUCAAUCAAGCAGCCUGCCCAGAAAGUGGUAGUAUUCAUUUCCCAGACGUUCUUCAAUUCAACAUUGUCUGGUUUCAACUUAACAUCCCUGCUAUUGACCUGGCUAAAAUCCCUUCAUGCAUGCACAGGCAUCUGUUUGAACAUAUACGGCCCAAUGCUCGCUUUGUGUAUGGAACAACCUCAUGGGAUGUCCAGUUCAACGAUUGUGCUUUAACUGACGGCUUUGCUGACCUGUUCAUCGAAAACGAUAUUGACUUUGGCUCAUGUGCUCUCCUGAGAUAUGUGGGGAACUUCACUUUCGAAGUAUUCAUGUUUGACAAACUAGGAUUUUCUCUUAACUUGGCUGACAAACCCAUUGGCGUUUCAAAUCCAUUGCAUACACCAGAUGACUUCCUUGUGUAUGUGGAGUCUUCUUUCAAAGAUUAUGCAUACAACCAGCUGUAUUGUCACCCAUCCUUUCUCUUUGUGCCCAACAAAACGAGUAAGGUCUGCUGUGAAGCCUUCCUUCGGUCAUGCAGUGAUAUGAGGAACCGCGUGCGCAUCUUCUAUGGCGAUGAUGAUGCUUACUUUGUCAUUGCAAAACGAACGCUGCGACGCCAAAUUCAGACAACCUUCGAGUUGAAGCGCAAUGACACUCUCUUUUUUGUUAAGCAUCACAGGGGUGAGGCGCUGCUACUUACAAUUUCGUCAUGCGGGAUGGAGAAAGUGCCAAGCAAACCACAUAUGUAUGAAAUACGGAGCGCUUCCCACACUGAAUUUGCUGAGGUUCCUUAGCUUCACUCCAGCCACUUACUACCCUAUCCCUUUACAAUGUUCCUUACUGGUUUUUACACCUACCCUUUUGAAGGAAUAUCAACCAAUCUGUCCCGCCCUGUCUGCAUGCUUUGCUGAUAUUUUGGUUUUUUUUUGGGCCCCAGGAAUCCAAUUGUAGCUUAACAUCCCGACAUUUAUACGUUUAUGACAUCAACCUCCUUUUGGCAUGUUUACGCUAUGUCUGCGUGUGUAUUUUAUGCAAAACCCUUCUCUGAUAUUCCCAAGCUUCUACAAGAGAUGUUGUUAAGGACCAUGAAUCUAAGGGAGUUUUUGUAAAAAACUGCUACUUUCCGGAUUUUGGGUUUACCGAAUGUUUAAUAUGUAUGCUG